GCUGGAGUCGGUUAUUUAUGACGUAACAGUUUAUGCGACAGGUGAAGGUCGGAAGACAAACCUUCCCAACGUGUUUAUCCAUCUACAGUACUAGUCUCUGAUCAAUCUCAUUCCCCCCGAGAGACGGAUAUAAUAAAACCCAGAUACGAUGCGGUUGUUAAGUGGAGCGGUGUUGCGGGCCACGAUGAGACACCGCUGUCGCUACUUUUCUGUGGCACAAAACAACUGGAACGCCAGAAAAGGUCUGGUACUCGGUGUUUACGAGAGUGAGAGGGAGGACGACUCUCUCCAUCUAACUGAAUCAGCAGCUGGUGUCGACAGAGUUCUGUCUGGUAAACUGACUGAGCUGCUAAAGAUAUCAGGACCAGGUCUGAAGAAAGGGAAGAGCAGAAUAUUCUACGGUCUUCAUGAGGACUUCCCAUGCAUAGCAGUAGUUGGUCUAGGGAGGAACUCUCUGGGUGUGUGUGGAACAGAGUACUGGGACACCUGUAAGGAGAACAUCAGGGCUGCUAUAGCAGGAGGCUGCAGGGUUCUCCAGAACCAUGUGUUGACCCAUAUAGAGGUGGAUGGGUGUAAUGACAGCCAGUCAGCAGCAGAGGGAGCUGUUCUUGGACUGUUUACUUACGAUGACCUGAAAACCAAGAAGAAGACCAGAGUCACCACACAGCUGCAUGGCAGUGGAUGUGUGUCUGGCUGGGAGAAAGGUGUGCUGUACGGAGAGGGGCAGAACCUGGCCCGUUACCUGAUGGAAGCUCCAGCCAAUCAUGUCACUCCGUCAGUCUUCGCUGACACCAUCACAAACAGACUGGCUCCCUACGCCGACCACGUCACCGUCCAUAAGAGGUCUCAAGAGUGGAUAGAGGAGCAGCAGAUGGGAGCGUUCCUCAGUGUUUCUAAAGGCUCAGAGGAACCGCCUGUCUUCCUGGAGCUACACUACAACGGUUGUCCUGACAACACACAGUGUCCUCUACUGCUGGUGGGCAAGGGCAUCACCUUUGACAGUGGUGGGAUCAGUCUAAAGCCUCCGUCAGGUAUGGACGCGAUGAGGGCUGAUAUGGGAGGAGCCGCCACAGUGUGUUCCGCCAUCGUCACAGCAGCAGCCCUCAACCUGCCAAUCAACAUCAUAGGUCUUGCACCUCUCUGUGAGAACAUGCCCAGUGGGAAAGCCAACAAGCCUGGAGAUGUCGUCACCGCCAAGAACGGCAAAACCAUACAGGUGGACAACACGGACGCAGAGGGACGGUUGAUCCUAGCAGAUGCUCUCUGUUACGCUCACAGCUUCAACCCCAGAGCCAUCGUCAACGCUGCUACCCUCACUGGAGCGAUGGAUGUUGCUCUGGGUUCAGCAGCGACAGGAGUCUUCACCAACUCUGACUGGCUCUGGGAACAGCUUCACAAGGCCAGUGUGGUAACAGGAGACCGGGUGUGGAGGAUGCCGUUGUUUCAACAUUACACCAGACAGGUCACUGACUGCCAGCUGGCCGACCUCAACAACGUUGGCAAGUACAGCCGUUCUGGCGGAGCCUGCACGGCGGCAGCGUUUCUGAGGGAGUUUGUGACGGCUCCUCAUUGGGCGCACCUGGACAUCGCCGGGGUGAUGACCAAUAAGGACGAGGUUCCCUACCUGAAGAAAGGAAUGUCUGGGAGACCGACACGAACACUGGUAGAGUUCGCUGCUGGAAUGGCCAACAAAGCCUGAAGACACAUACACACACACCACUCCUACACACACUGAGCUGGCUGGAGAAUGAUUAUUCUGUAGAGACAGAGACACUGGUACUAUGUAGAGUUACAGACUGCUUCCCCAGCACAUGUAACUAAUUCCCUCUCUAGUUUAUAGCCUACAUUCAUUGAGAAACUGAAUGUAUGUAAAUGGACAAGGUAUAUCGUAUCCUACCCUACAAGGUAUAUCGUAUCCUUCCCUACAAAAAGAGUUUGCAGUCAGAGUGCAGUGUAACUGCAUCAUGUUUUAACUGCAGUUAUUCUGCAAUCACUGCUUCCAAAAUACCACCGUCGACUUUAAUCUUGUUUUGGAACGGUAACUACGCAAAGUGUUGUUGCGUAGCGACACUACGCAGCCCUACAAUUUAUAACUGGAAGAACGCAGGAUGGCCUUUUCUGCGUAGCCUUCUUGCGUUGCAUAGUAGGGUAAAAACGAGGCUUCAGUGACAAGUCAGUUAACCUCUUCUGUCCAGUAGUUGUGGGAGAAACUAAUGCUGAAGUUGGUAUGCACUUUUGCGCACAAAAAACUGUCAAAUAUUAUUAUUAUUGCCAUGUCAUUUAAAUAAAACACCAAUAAAACCA